AUGGGUCUCAAGAAGAUGUUUUCGAAAUCUCACAAAAUGGAAGCAAUUCCCAUAGUCGACAAAGCCCCCGAGAAAUACGACACCUACGAAUGGACUCUUUCCGACGAAUACGCCGCCAUCGCUGCCAAAGUCUUGCACGAAAACGAAUCCGUUCGCACACAAUCGCUCGCCCAAAUGCGCGAAUGGAUCGCCAAAGACCCCUACAUCGUCUCAUGUCGCACCGACGCCGCUUUCCUCAUGCGUUUCUUGCGCGUCAAAAAAUUCAACGUUCCCGCUGCCUGCGCCCAACUCACCAAAUAUCUCGUGAACCGCCAACUUUACCCAGCUUGGUACACUCGUCUCGAUGUCGACGAUCCGCUGAUUGUGAAACUUUUACUCGACGGCUUUUUCAUCCCGCUUCCGGAUCGCGAUUCGAGAGGUCGUCAAAUCGUCAUUUAUCGCUUCCAGAACUUAGAUCCAGCGAAAUAUACUUCCACGGAUGUCUUCCGGUUGCAAGAAUUGUGUUUCCAGACGAUGUUUGAUGACGAGGAGUCCCAAAUUUGCGGUUAUGUUUGCGUUUUUGACUAUUCCGGGAUGACGAUGCAGCACGUAGCGAUGUUCAGUCUCGUGGAUUUUCGAAAUUUUUGCAGUUUGGUGAGGAAAAGUGUCCCGAUCCGCAUCACGAGUAUCCUGGUUUUGAAUAUGCCGGCGUUUUUGCACGCUUUUUACGAGAUUACGAUGUCGAUUUUGCAGCAAAAGUUACGCGAACGCUUCCAAAUGUUCAAAAAUCUCGAGGAUUUCAGGAAAGAAGUCGAUAUUGAGAUGUUUCCCGUGGAAUAUGGCGGAAAAUUGAAGAUAAAAUCGAUUAUGCAAGACUUUCAGCGACGAAUGCACGCGAAACGCGAGAAAAUAUUGGCUUUAGAUGAGAUGUGCAUCGACAUCCCGAAAGACAUGAAGGGCGAAUGGUACCAACAAGACUCCAAUGGAAAUAUCGAAGCUGGCGUGAUCGGAAGUUUCCGAAAAUUGGAAGUAGAUUAA